GAAGCUGGUACUGCUCUCUGCAGCAGGCUCUGAGCCCCCAGACUGGCGGGGAUCUGCGGCCUCCCGAUGCGGGCGGGCGGAGGCGGAGCUCGGCUUUGCAGCGUGCAAUUCCCACCGCCUGCGCCCCAGGCCAGGUGGGGACCGGGCGCUGGGACCCAAGUCCCCCAGAGCCGGCUGGCUGCCUUCGAGCCGAGUCAGCGUCACGGCCGAAUCUAAGUGAGGGGGCAGAGGGAAGGGACAAGGAAGGCUCCGGGGCACUGGAGGGAGCUUCGCGGACGAGAGCUGGGACCCCGCUCGCCAUGGGGGAGGUGGAGAUUUCGGCUCGGGCCUACGUGAAGAUGUGUCUCCACGCCGCCCGGUACCCGCACGCCGCCGUCAACGGGCUCUUGCUGGCGCCCGCGCCGCGGUCGGGAGAAUGCCUGUGUCUCACCGACUGUGUGCCCCUUUUCCACAGCCACCUAGCCCUGUCCGUCAUGCUGGAGGUCGCCCUCAACCAGGUGGAUGUGUGGGGCGCGCAGGCCGGUCUGGUAGUGGCUGGGUACUACCAUGCCAAUGCAGCUCUGGACGAUCAGAGCCCUGGGCCCUUGGCCUUGAAAAUCGCUGGGCGGAUUGCAGAAUUCUUCCCUGAUGCAGUACUUAUUAUGUUGGAUAAUCAGAAACUGGUGCCUCAGCCUCAUGUGCCCCCAGUCAUAGUCCUGGAAAACCAUGGUCUCCGCUGGGUCCCCAAGGACAAGAACUUAGUGAUGUGGAGGGACUGGGAAGAGUCACGGCAGAUGGUGGGAGCACUAUUGGAGGGCCGGGCCCACCAGCACCUUGUGGACUUUGACUGCCACCUUGACGACAUCCGGCAGGACUGGACCAACCAACAGCUCAACACCCAAAUCACCCAAUGGGUUGGUCCCACCAAUGGAAAUACCUGAGUCAGGGCUGGGAGGUGGGAGGGAAAGGGUCAGGAUCCAAUAAAGAUAUUUGGGCUGAA